UAUUUCAUCGCUUCAUUCUCGAUAUAAUGUUUUAACAGGUAGUCCCUUAAACCUACAGGCAACUAGCACGCUUUUAGAGUACUUCAUUUGAUUCAAAAUCGGUAUUAGUAGUUCCGGCGGCCGCCACCCGUUGGUGGGGCGCAGCCGUAGACUCCAUUCCUUAUUCGUGCACGGCAACGAGCGCACGCGCUAAAAUCAUGCCUAAGCGUACUAUCGACGAACGAAUUAGUGAAUAUCACAAAAAAAUAGAACAGUUACAACGAAAGAGAAAUAAAGAACCAUCUUAUAAACGGAUUCGUGUAAUUCAGUCCUCAUCUGACGAGGACAAUGAACAAGAUACAAAUAUCGUUGUCCAGCGUCCUCUAACGGACCGAAUUAAUCGAGAAGGCAGCGUGACUGAACCUUUUCAACCUGAGGGGCACCAGUGCUCUCAACCAUUACCAAUGCAUGACCUCGAGGCGGAUUCUCGCCAAAACACUGAAGGACAUGAGAUAGCCGAGCCGGAGGUGGAGCAAAGUGCUCCUAUGCCCGAUGAAACCGCACAAGCAUCCGCGGAGACACCGGUAGAACCGAACCUACUUAUGGCUUUGGGCGAGUCCACAGACGAUAUACCUGAAUUUGGUAAACCAAUACAUGACAGUUUAGCUAGUCUGUGGUUACCUUUACUAAAAAAGGGUCUGCCCAAAGAAAACAAAGAAAAACUUUUAAAAAGUUAUUUAGUACCCGAAAAUUGCAAGCUUCUGCAGUCUCCAAAACUUAACGCAGAGAUCUCUGCUGCAGUAUCUGAAAUAGUCAGAGGGCGCGAUAAAAAACUGUCUGGUUUUCAACAACAGCUUGGCGCAGGCAUUACUGCACUCAAUAAGGGUAUGGAGAUCCUACUAAAUUGCGACAAUAAAGCCCAGGCUUUGACUCAUUUCAGUGACAGCUGUCGAAUUUUGACAGAUCUCCACUGCGCUUCGACCAAGGAUAGAAUAAAAUUGCUAACCCCUAGCCUGGAAAAGAACAUCCUACAUGUAAUCCAAGAUUCCGAAAGAGACGAUACUCUUUUUGGUAACGUUCUGUCAGAAAAAAUCAAGGCAAGCAAAGCCAUUCAAAGACAAGGUCAACAGCAUACCAACCCUCUACUUCCGGAUUUCGUCAGUCGACGGCAAACCGCUAUUUCCCGCCGGGAAACUGGAGGGGUCCACCUCGCUACUCCUACCCGAACAGCAGAGGUGGACGAGGCAGCCAGACGAGGAUGGCAACGCCCAGGAGGUCGUACAAUUACAGCACAACUCCACCGGCAGCGAAACCUGUCCCUCAGACCAGGCCUCGUGCUCCAACUCAACAGUAAACCAGGGACCACCACCCCCUGCAUGCCAGCCUUACCCUGGGUGCCGCGAGGCUUUGCGGGCGGCGUUCGUCAAGCGGGGAACCCCACUCGAGGCAGUGCCUUUAAUGUUAGCCUCAUUGGCUCAGAAUACUUUAAGUCAAUAUGGCGUAACCAUAAAACUUUGGUGGGAAUAUUGCACUUCUAAAAAUAUUGACGUCUAUCAUCUGGCAAUACCCGAGGUACUUUCGUUUUUAACGGAACUAUUUAAUAAGGGUUGUUCGUAUGGUUCAUUAAAUAGCCACCGUUCGGCGCUAUCCUUGCUGCUUGGCAGCGAGAUAGGUACUGAUAACUGUGUGAAAAGACUUUUAAAAGGGGCAUUUAAAUUAAAGCCCAUGACACCAAAAUAUAAAUCCACCUGGGAUCCUCAGGUUGUACUAAAUCACGUUUCGUCUUGGUAUCCCAACUCCGAUAUACCCCUCGAAAAAAUCACUAAAAAAUUAGUUACUCUGUUAGCACUCUGUACAGCUCACAGAGUGUAAACCCUAUCCCUCAUAAAACUAGAACAUAUUACUGAAAUUUCAGAUGGAAUAAAAAUUGGCAUAGUUGACAUACUUAAAACUUCCGCUGUAGGCCGAGAACAACCCAUAUUAAAUUUGCCAUUUUUCCGAGAAAAAUUAAGUAUCUGCCCAGCUACGACCCUUAAGGAUUAUAUUUUCGUCACGAAAAAUUUAAGGGUUGGUAGCACGGGAACCCUUUUCCUGACAUAUAAGCGACCUCACAAGGCCGCCAGCAGUCAAACCCUAAGUAGGUGGAUCAAACAAGUAUUGCAUGAAAGUGGCGUCGAUGUCAAUGUGUUUGGUGCCCACAGUACUCGCCACUCUGCUACUUCAACGGCUUUUGCGGCUGGAAUCAGCCUAGAUACGAUCAGAAAGGCGGCUGGCUGGACCAGCACCUCUAAAACCUUUGCCAAAUUCUAUAACCGACCAAUAAUCAAUUGUAAUGAUGAUUAUGAUUUCGCUAGAUCGAUCUUUUUCCCAGAAACCAAUGUCAGUGACAAUGAAGAUUCCUAGAUGUUAACUGUAGUGCAUAACUGCAUAUAAUAUAAUUUUGUGAUUAUUAGG